GUAGAUGUCUUCCAGCCGGUUAGAGGUAGACUCCACGACCUCCUCUUCGGCCACUUGCAAAGAAUCCAUGCUCAACAUCUGGGCCACGUCGUAGAAAAAAACUCCAAAUCAAUGACAUAUGCGAAACUAUAAAAUUAAAAUAUCUCAAACGCUGCAGAUAAAAUGCAAAACAUUGGCUGCUUUGAGUUUAAUAGCACAUUGUUUGAGAAUGAUAGUUCAUCGACUUUCGUUUUGAUUGAGAAGCCGGAUGCUAUUUAUUGAUGGACCAGGAAGUAAUGGAGGCACAGUUUUUCUUAGCUAAUUUAAUGCUUUAUUUAAUGUAACGGUAAUCGGAUCCCAGGCACGUCUUGAAUUUGAGAUCAGCGAAUCUUUGUUGUUUGUGGGUUGUGGCUUGGCUAACGCAACCAUUUAAUUUGCAUUUCAACACUUAAAGCGGCCACAACUGCGUUUUAAUACAUGUUUCCUUCGGACACAUUUAUGGUUGUACAAAAACAAAACAGCCCACUAAAGCGUCACACUCACAGAAAAUAGCAACAGCUGCGUUUUAAUCUUAUGCGGUCUAUGGGAUUAAUGCAAUUUAUUGAGGCACACGAGCACUAAUUCCUAAUUUAAUCGAUUUAACUUCGUGGAAGGACUGAAACAGGUUUGUGCCAAGCAAAUACGUAUUAUUAGCCAUGCAAAGUAAGGAACAUCAUAAUCGAAUAAAAUUUUAUACCUGCAGUUGUUUUUGCACGGAUAAUAUUUUUCUGGAGGAAUACAAGCUUCAUGUUCGAUUUAUCUCUGAACAGCAAUUCCGAACAGAUUAUCAAGAGGUCUUAAGAACUCGUGGCUGUUCAACUGACAUACACUUCAAGGAACUCCUUAAAAAGAUUAAAACAGAAGUUGAAAGGCGGCAACAGCUCUGCGUGAAAUCAGCAGAGCGAGCUGCUCUUGUAAAGGAAGCGUAUAAACCACUUCAUAAAGAGCUUUACUUCUUACAGGAUUCCUACUUGGCGCCUGAAUUUCUCAAAAUUGUCAACUACUGCCGUUCCGAUGGGGCCAGUGAAGAGGGCUUGCUGGAAUUCAUUUCACCCUUGGCAGCACAAAGGGUGUAUCGGUUCCCCGUAUUCAGUAGAAAGUUCUGUGAGGAGUUGAUUGAAGAGCUGGAGCAUUUUGAGCAGUCCCAGGCACCCAAGGGCAGACCCAACACCAUGAACAACUAUGGGAUCCUGCUUAACGAGUUGGGAUUUGAUGAAGGGUUCAUUACCCCUCUCCGUGAGGAAUACCUCCAGCCUGUCUCGGCGCUUCUCUACCCAGACUGCGGGGGGCACUGUCUGGACAGCCACAAGGCCUUUGUGGUGAAGUACGCCAUGCACGAGGACCUGGACCUCAGCUACCACUAUGACAACGCUGAAGUCACGCUCAACGUCUCUCUGGGCAAAGAGUUCGUGGAGGGAAAUCUGUACUUUGGAGACAUGAGACACGUUCCCCUGAGCGAGUCGGAGUGUGCAGAGACGGAACACCGCGUGGCGGAAGGCUUGCUCCACCGCGGGCAGCAGAUGCACGGCGCCCUGCGUAUCUCCUCCGGCGAGCGCUGGAACCUCAUCGUGUGGAUGCGCGCCUCGCGCGUGCGCAACAAACUCUGCCCGAUGUGCGGCAACAAGCCGCAGCUCAUGGAGGGCCGGGGCUUCGCCGACGGGUUCACCGACGACGCGCAGGCGGGCGCAUUUCCAAACAUGUUGUGCGUCUUGAAUUAGCGCCGUGUGUUAUGACCAAGAAAGUAUUCGUAUGUCUGUACACAUAUUGCAGUUCGUGCCCAUGCAGGAUCUUUGAUCGCAUGUUAAUCAUUUCACAAGUGCAAUCUUAUUAUUCUUCCCCAGGGCUGAUGCCACAUAUGGUGUACUCAUUUGGAAAAGUCUAUGAGUCUGUUUCCGAAGAGUGAACAGAUGCUACCCACUGACUAACUGGGAUGUCUGUGUUGUUUUAAUUAACAUUAUACCCUUUCACUUUGUACCUGAAAAUGUGCAUAAUUAAUUUAGUUGUACUGUUUGCCUUCUUUGCACUUUUAAACUUGCAGUCCCUGGGUCAGAUUAAUGUAAUAAUGAGAAAAAGAGAAAUAAUAAUUCUUUCGUAAGAACAGCCUCAGCAGAAAAUAUGCAUAUUGAAAGUUUGAGUAAUGUUGUACUACUAUGAAAUGUAGUAGACAAUAUAUACCAGCCAGCUGUUGAGACAAUAUGUGAUAUGCAAAACAUACGAAAAAAAUGCCUUCCCUAACUUGGGAACGGAAAUUGGUAAACAAAUUAAAUGUACUUUUAACGGCUUUCUCCUGCUGAUGCCAAAUGAGCAGUGCAAUACGUGUUAAUGUAAUUGAAAUUACAUUAAAAAAAACACUUGCCCAGUC